UAUUGACACGCGACUUCGAAGAUCAAGUUCUGCUCCGCAAGAAAGCGACUUUGGACUCGGGCUUUCCUCUUUCGAUUCGGCAUCUCACCUUCAUAGAUACUGCAAUAUCUUGAAACAUUCAACAUGGCUACGAACGGUAGUGCUUCUCCCCCGGCCAGUGGGUCCCCUGCUCCGGCCAACGGCGAUCAAACGCCGCUGCCAACGUCUCCUCCACCGACUACGUCUGACUCGAGAGCUACAGCGUCAGCCGGGUUGACUUCAUCAGUGAACGAAAGCAAAAACAUCGUUCGAAGGAAGCUGACUGGCUAUGUCGGCUUUGCUAACCUGCCGAAUCAAUGGCACCGAAAGAGUGUUCGUAAAGGCUUCAACUUCAACGUGAUGGUUGUCGGUGAAUCCGGCUUGGGUAAAUCGACUCUUGUCAACACCCUCUUCAACACAUCAUUGUACCCGCCCAAGGAGCGCAAGGGCCCUAGCCUCGACAUCAUUCCCAAGACGGUUACCAUCCAGUCCAUCAGUGCAGACAUUGAGGAGGCGGGUGUUCGUCUACGCCUGACUGUGGUUGACACUCCUGGCUUCGGCGAUUUUGUGAACAACGACGAGUCGUGGAGACCCAUUGUUGACAACAUCGAGCAGCGAUAUGACGCCUACUUAGAUGCUGAGAACAAGGUGAACCGCAUGAACAUUGUCGACAACCGCAUCCAUGCUUGUGUCUUUUUUAUUCAGCCCACUGGCCAUGCUCUCAAGCCUCUCGAUAUUGAGGUCAUGAGACGUCUCCACACCAAGGUCAACUUGAUCCCUGUCAUUGCCAAGUCCGAUACUCUCACCGACGAAGAAAUUGCCAGCUUCAAAGCCAGAAUCCUUGCCGACAUCAAGCACCAUGGUAUCCAGAUCUUCGAGGGCCCUCGUUACGAGCUCGACGAUGAGGAAACCAUUGCCGAGAACAACGAGAUCAUGUCCAAGGUUCCCUUCGCCGUUGUUGGUGCCACUAACGAAAUUACCAACGCCGAUGGACGCAAAGUCCGUGGCCGCCGCUACCCUUGGGGUGUGAUUGAAGUUGACAACGAGGAACACUGCGAUUUCGUCAAGCUUCGACAGAUGCUUAUCCGAACCCACAUGGAGGAACUCAAGGAGCACACCAACAAUCUGCUGUACGAGAACUACAGAACCGACAAGCUCACUGCUAUGGGCGUUGCCCAGGACCCAAGCGUCUUCAAGGAGGUCAACCCCGCUGUCAAGCAAGAGGAGGAGCGCACCUUGCAUGAGCAGAAGCUCGCCAAGAUGGAGGCCGAGAUGAAGAUGGUCUUCCAGCAGAAGGUUGCCGAGAAGGAGAGCAAGCUGAAGCAGAGUGAAGAAGAGCUGUACGCCCGCCAUCGCGAGAUGAAGGAGCAACUGGAGCGACAACGGUUAGAGCUCGAGGAGAAGAAGGCCAGAGUCGAAAGCGGACGGCCAAUCGAGAAGGAGGGCAAGCGAAAGGGAUUCUCGCUGCGUUAAGCAGUCACGAAUGCCUUGUUCCCUCAUCUCCCUUCUCUACGACUCAUGCCCGAGCCUUGAUGAUGCCCACACAAUACCAGCCUGCCGCGUUCCUUCGCU